AAACAAACGGUGCGUUUCUCGGACAUUGUCAGCACACAUGUUAUUACAUUACAUCUAACAUUAUGUUAUGCAACAAAUUAAACCACCAUUUCUGCAAAUCUAUACAAACACCCCCUUUUCUUCUUCUUCUUCUAUCUUUUUUCAGAACCCAAAAUACCCAGAAAAAGAAACAAAAAUUAAGGCCAAAAACUCCAUUUUUAUGCUCCUUUAAACAUUGACAACUCUUUUCUCUGUCCCCAAGGCAAAAAAAAAAAAAAAAAAAACAGUAUUGUGUACGCACCACUAUGGAAUUUUUAUCUUCACACCGUAAUUGUUGGAUUUGCGUUGACCAAAUACAUUGACAGUCAAUGAAGGAGUAAUUUUGGGAAGUUACAUUUGCUUUGAUUGGAAAAAAAAGAUACAGUCUUUAUCUGAUUUGAGAGAGGGACCUAAUAAUGUUGUCUAAGGGUGAACAUCAAACGGUCCCAUUGUCAGUGUUGUUAAAGCGUGAAUUGGCUAAUGAGAAGAUUGAAAGACCUGAGAUUUCUCAUGGUCAAGCUAGUCAGAGCAAAAAAGGCGAAGACUUUACGUUUGUUAAGACCGAAUGUCAGCGAGUUUUGGGUGAUGGAGUUGCCACUUAUUCUGUAUUUGGAUUAUUUGAUGGGCACAAUGGGUCAGCAGCCGCUAUAUAUGCUAAAGAAAAUCUCUUGCAGAAUGUGUUGAGUGCUAUUCCUCCAGAUCUUAGUAGAGAUGAAUGGGUUGCUGCACUUCCUAGAGCUUUGGUUGCAGGAUUUGUCAAAACAGAUAAAGAUUUCCAAGAAAGAGCAAAAACCUCAGGGACAACAGUCACGUUUGUCAUAAUUGAAGGAUGGGUUGUAACAGUUGCAUCAGUUGGCGAUUCUCGGUGCAUACUAGAAUCAGCUGAAGGAGGAAUUUAUUAUCUAUCAGCCGAUCAUAGGCUUGAUUGCAAUGAAGAGGAGAGGGAACGUAUAACAGCCUGUGGUGGAGAAGUUGGUAGGCUUAAUGCUGGUGGUGGUACAGAGAUUGGUCCUUUGAGAUGUUGGCCUGGUGGACUCUGCCUCUCGAGAUCCAUUGGAGAUAUGGAUGUUGGCGAAUAUAUAGUUCCUGUACCCUAUGUGAAGCAAGUAAAGCUAUCAGCAGCAGGUGGAAGGCUUGUAAUAGCAAGUGAUGGUGUCUGGGAUGCUUUAUCUGCAGAAAUGGCUGUUGAAUGCUGUCACGGAAUGCCUGCGGAUGCUUCCGCCUCUCAAAUUGUUAAAGAAGCUGUACAGCCAAAAGGGAUUCGAGAUGAUACGACCUGUAUUGUGGUCGAUAUACAUCUCCCAGAAAAACCAAUUCCUCCACCGCCACCCAAAAAGUCAGGAAAAAGAGUAUUCAAGUCUAUGUUUCGCAAAAGAACUUCGGCGUCGUCUUCUGAUAUUCAGAAAGAUUUUUGUGAACCGGAUGUAGUGGAAGAACUAUUUGAGGAAGGAUCCGCAUCUCUUUCAGACAGGUUAGACGCGAAGUAUCCAGUGUGCAACAUGUUUAAGUUAUUCAUAUGUGCCGUCUGUCAAGUAGAGAUAAAGCCAGGUCAAGGUGUUUCAAUACAUGCUGGCUCCUCGAACACAAGAUAUUCGCGGCCGUGGGAUGGCCCUUUCCUAUGCUCAAGCUGCCAAGAGAAGAAAGACGCCAUGGAAGGAAAGAGACCUUUUGGAGAUGCAAGAUAUAAUAGUGAGUGACGAGUUAAGCAAGAGGUGCAAUACUAACGACUGCUUCAUAGACGAUUACAAUUGGGAGGUAUGGCAUUGUUGUCCCAAUGGUUCUUUCUGUUUCAGUAAACAAAGAAUGCGAACUGGCUUCUUUGAUUGGUGGGAUACAUGCAUUAAUAUUUCUAGUUUGCCUCCUCUACCUCAGAAGAUGGAGCUCUGAAAUUCAUAGUACAUAGUCCACUUUCUGAGAAUGAUUAAAAUUUGGAAUAUAUGCCUAAUACAUCAGAGGUAAAUUCUCUGAUUUUAAUCAAAUGUAUACUCGUAUCGUACUUAGUAGUGAAUCGUAGUGAGGGAAAGCGAUUUUUCGUUGUAACAUCAGUAGUUAGUAAGUUUGAUUAUAGGAUCCUUAAGAGUUUGUUUUUCUUUUUCCAUUUUUCCUCCUUGUUCUCCCUGCAAGGAGAAACUUGCUGAUCACCCUCUUAUUAAAUUAAUUCUUGUAUUAUACAUUAAUUACUCGCAAGAAGCGUAAGCACUGGAUUCUGGCAGUUAUUUCAUAUAUGUUCUCUCUAUAUUUCUGUCUGAUUGCUUUAUCCUAUUUAUGUUGAAAGUAUCAAUGUACAGUCUUCUUUUUG